AUGUUGACUGUCCAUAAAAUGCAUUUUAGCAUCUUCCUCCUGUUGUGGGGAUGGGUUUUAUGCACUGAAUGCAGAGUCCACCGACAAGGAAAAGAAAUACAUGAGGUAUACAAAAAAGGCAGCCGGCCGCAGCGGCAGAGGCGGGAAGCCCACAGCGAGGCGCACAAGCAAGGCAGCCCAAUCCUAAAACGAAGCCCUGACAUCACCAAAUCUCCCCUGACAAAGUCAGAGCAGCUGCUGCGAAUAGAUGAUCAUGACUUCAGCAUGAGACCGGGUUUUGGAGGCCCUGCAAUUCCUGUUGGAGUGGAUGUCCAAGUUGAAAGUCUGGACAGCAUUUCUGAGGUGGACAUGGAUUUCACCAUGACGCUUUAUCUGAGGCACUACUGGAAAGAUGAGAGGCUGUCCUUCCCCAGCACCAACAACCAAAGCAUGACCUUUGAUGGCAGGCUGGUGAAGAAGAUCUGGGUCCCCGACAUGUUCUUCGUCCACUCCAAGCGUUCCUUCAUCCAUGAUACCACCACAGACAAUGUCAUGCUGCGGGUCCAGCCAGAUGGGAAGGUACUUUAUAGCCUCAGAGUUACAGUAACAGCAAUGUGCAACAUGGAUUUUAGUCGCUUUCCCCUGGACACACAGACAUGUUCCCUGGAGAUCGAAAGCUAUGCCUACACUGAAGAUGACCUCAUGCUCUACUGGAAGAAUGGGAAUGAUUCCCUAAAAACGGAUGAAAGGAUAUCACUGUCUCAGUUCCUGAUCCAGGAGUUUCACACCACCACGAAGCUCGCCUUUUACAGCAGCACAGGCUGGUACAAUCGCCUCUAUAUAAACUUUACUUUACGCCGACACAUCUUCUUCUUCUUGCUUCAAACCUACUUCCCGGCUACCCUCAUGGUCAUGUUGUCCUGGGUGUCUUUCUGGAUCGAUCGCCGAGCAGUUCCCGCAAGAGUCCCAUUAGGGAUAACCACCGUGCUGACCAUGUCCACGAUCAUCACUGGGGUGAACGCCUCCAUGCCUCGCGUGUCCUACAUCAAGGCAGUGGACAUUUACCUGUGGGUCAGUUUUGUAUUUGUCUUCCUCUCGGUACUGGAAUACGCAGCAGUGAAUUAUCUGACUACGGUACAAGAGCGGAAGGAGAGGAAACUGCGGGACAAGCUUCCCUGUGCGUGCAGCCUACCUCAGCCUCGGCCCAUGAUGGUGGACGGCACAUACAACGACGGGGACGUGAAUGAACUGGGGCACUACAUGUCCGAGAAUGGGGACAAACAGGACCGAAUGAUGGUGCAGCUGGCGCUGGGGUCAGAGAGGGCCUCUGGCAGGAGGAAAAACCAGAGAUACGUUAGCAUGCGGAUCGACACUCAUGCCAUCGACAAGUACUCCAGGAUAAUAUUCCCUGGCGCGUACAUUCUAUUUAAUUUGAUAUACUGGUCAAUUUUUUCAUAA